AUGCACCUCGUCGGUGAGAGCAGCAGGUCCAAGCUGCAGAGCAACGACAAACGCAAUGCUGCAGCACUCGGAGCGCCAGGCAGUAACGACCUGCGCAAACGUGCGCCAAGUCCGUCUCCAGCACCAGCACCAGCACCAGCACCAGCACCAGCACCUACAACACCACCAACACGUCAAAGUCCGCACGAGCCCGAGCACAGGCUGGUGCCCGCUGACGAAUUCAACAAGCGUCUCUCCGAGAACCAAGAAAGAGCACAGAAACGCGAGGAGAUCCUAGGGCCCUUCUGGGCGCGUGACAUGGAUCAAGUCGUGCAGAUCAAGCGGGAUGUCCUGAGGCGAAGAUCAAAGCGUCAACUUGUAGAUCAACCAGAGCAGAGCCCGAUACAGCGUCGUCAAACCGCAGGAGAGGAGAGGUGCUAUGUUGGCAAUGAAGAUCUCAGCUGUUAUCCCGAUGCCGGCACCACCAUCGCUCAAAACACAUGGAGCAAGUUCAUUUGGAACGCCAACUACCCGCUUUUCGCUCAACGAGGCUACGUCGAUGUCUAUCUCUUCCAACAGGACACCGACCGUCUCGUCACCUCUUGGACCUCACAGGACAAUGGUCAAGGUCGACUAUCUUUCGAGCCUACCGACAGCUGGUGGGCAAAUCGUCCUGCGGCCAACAAUAUUCAGCCGGACCAGAACAUCUCCUGGCCGUUCUACUUUGUUGUUCUCGCCUCGGGACAACCACUUUCCGGCACUACCUCGCGCUUGGCUACGUUCACAGCAGUACAAACCACCUUGCCCGUCUCGAUAGCUCAGGCUCGAGCCUCUUCCUCCAGUGCUGCUGCUGCCGCAUCAGCAUCUUCAGCCAGUGCUGCUUCGGCAUCCGCAGCGAGCGCUUCAGCAGGCGCAAGUACCGCUACUGCAACAAUAACAGGCAGUGCUGCCGCUGCAUCUGCCUUACAGUCCAGUCUCAGCGCAGCCCUCGAAUCUUCGUUGCGUGCCUCCGGUCUCAGCGGCACAGAAACCCUCGCGGGCACCACCACAGCGACGCUUCCAAAUGGUUCCGCCAUCACAGCCACCGCGACAGCACAGGCAAACGGUGGCCGUCUAGGAGCCAGUGCCAACUCUCGCAACUCGAAUGGUCUUGCGCUUCCGACUUAUGCCAUUGUCCUCAUUGCCGUACUCGGCUUCCUCGCCAUCGCUGCAGCCAUCGCAGGCGCCUACUUCAGCAUGGCUGCCUUGCGAAGACGUCGACAGCGCCAGGCUGGUGACGGAAGUCAUCGAAGCUCUUCGCCCAUGAUGGCAGCCGCUGCUGGCUCUUUGGCGGGACAUGGUACUCAUGAUGGAGGAUACGGUGCUGGAGAGACUUCUCAUAUGCUCGAGGCCGAAGAUGGCGGUGGUGCCUCAAUGUACCCAGCAGCAGGCGCCGCAGGUGUUGGCGCUGGAGGUGGCACUGCUAUGAUGGCCAGCAAUUCCAAGUCAAGUCGAUUCUCGGAGGAACAGCCUUUCACUUCGGAUGAAGCGUCAAGAAUGGCCGAUGCUUUCAGGAACGCUUUGCGCAACCCCGAGUUCGCACCAGGAAUAGGAGGUGAAUCGUCAGGUGCCGACGGCGAGAGUCCAGGUGAAGGGGGAACUUCCCGUGCUUCGGCACUGCUUCGAGAAGAGCUCGCUGCUGAAGGCAAGGACCUUCGCGAUGUUGGCGAUCGCAAGAAGCCUACUUGGCAUGAAGAGUAA